ACGAGUGCUAAUGGCAACACUGGGCAUAUUACGUUAGGCGUAAAACAUCAUGCUUCGUGUUCGUUGCUCGUGCUAUAAGCCAUUUCUUCUUUCCCAAUCCUCGCGGUACAAGUGCGACCAUUAUCAAAGCAAACUCUGAAAAUGGAUCCAUACGGUCCAAGUUCUCAGAGCUUGACAUUUUUUGAGCCUGAUGAACCUGAUUUGAAUAUAAUUGGAGCAGAGACUCAAGAUUCCGAAUUUGAUUUCCAUUUGGGAGCCAGUCAAACUCAAAACUUGACUGAUAUAUAUGGAAACUCACAGUCACAGUCACAACAUGGAGGAGAUGACCUCCUUGCCCUGGCCAAAGUCACUGAAGAGCUGAAGCAGCUCCAGUUUGAGGAGGAAGAAGAAGAUGAAGAAGUUCCUUUAGAUGAGUCUAAGAGCCAGGAUCUUCCUGAAUGGGCCUGCCAGUACUGCAACUUGCAUGACCCAAAGAGUGUAGUGCACUGCAACGUCUGCAAGAAAUGGUUCUGCAAUGGCAUGGGCACCUCAACUGGUUCCCACAUCAUCACUCAUCUUGUCAGAGCCAAGCACAAGGAGAUCAGUGUUCACAAGGAUGGCUUGGUUGCUGACACGGUGCUGGAAUGCUAUUGCUGCGGCGUCAAGAACAUCUUUGUACUUGGCUUCAUCCCAGCCCAGGCUGAAAGUGUUGUGGUGUUGAUGUGUCGUCAACCAUGUGCUGGACGUAACAACCUCAAGGAUAUGAACUGGGACCCGGAGCAGUGGCGGCCUCUGGUGAGCAACAGGUCCCUGCUGGACUGGAUCGUGCGGGUGCCUACAACUGAGGAGCAGCUGCGAGCUCGGCAGAUCUCUCCUCAGCAGAUGGCUAUGAUUGAAGACUUGUGGAAGGAAAAUCCUAAAGCUACCUUCGAAGAUCUGACCAAGCCUGGGGUUGAUGAAGAAAUCCAGAAUGUUUGUCUCAAGUAUGAGAGUGGCUACCAAUACGCAAGCAUCUUCACUCCAUUGCUGAACCUUGAGGCGGACUUUGACAAAAAGCUUAAGGAAUCACAAACCACGGAUAAAAUUGAUGUGCGUUGGGAUGUUGGGCUCAACAAGAAAAUUUGCGCCUACUUCAGUGUUCCCAAGAAUGACAAUGAUAUUCGCCUCAUGCAUGGCGAUGAGCUCCGCAUACGCUACUUGGGCGAUCCUCAGCAUCCAUGGACUGGAGUGGGCCAGGUUAUCAAAAUACCAGACAGUAUUAGUGACGAAGUUGGUCUGGAAUUGAAAUCUGGCCACAACGCUCCCACCGGCUGCCGCGACAAGUUUGUUAUAGACUUUGUGUGGAAGAGUACGAGCUUUGAUCGCAUGAAGCAAGCUCUACGCAAGUUCUCCCUGGAUAAUACUGCAGUGUCAGCUUACAUUUACCAUCGAUUGCUGGGGCAUUUGGAGACAGAAGAAGUGUUAUUAAAGCACUGCAAGAUGCCUAAGACGCUCAGUGCACCUAACUUGCCCACUCUCAAUAACUCCCAGCAGUUUGCCUUGAAGCAUGCGCUGCAGAGACCGCUGUCUCUCAUUCAAGGUCCUCCAGGCACGGGCAAGACCGUUACCAGUGCCAGUUUAGUGUAUCAGUUGGCCAAGCAAAGUACAGGGCAAGUAUUGGUUUGCGCUCCCUCAAACACGGCUGUUGACCAGCUAACUGAAAAAAUUCAUAAGACAGGACUGAAAGUCGUGCGUCUAUGUGCCAAGUCACGAGAAGCCAUUGACUCGCCUGUAGCCUUCCUGUCACUUCACAACCAAAUCCGGAAUAUGCCGGACUCAGCCGAGUUUAAGAAGCUACAGCUACUCAAAGAUGAGACCAAGGAGCUUUCGUACAACGAUGAAGAGCGCUACAGGACGCUUAAGAAGCAAGCCGAAAAGACACUACUGGAGGCUGCUGACGUGAUCUGCUGCACGUGUGUGGGUGCCGGCGACAAUCGCGUGUCGCGGAUGAAGUUCCACACCAUCUUGAUCGACGAGUCCAUGCAGGCCACUGAGCCUGAGUGCAUGGUGCCUGUGGUUCUGGGCGCAAAGCAGCUGAUCCUGGUAGGCGAUCACUGUCAGCUUGGUCCUGUCGUGAUGUGCAAGAAAGCAGCGAAGGCGGGCCUGUCGCAGUCGUUGUUCGAACGCCUCGUGGUGCUCAACAUCAAACCCUUCCGCCUCACCGUGCAGUACAGGAUGCACCCGCUGCUGGCACAGUUCCCUUCUAACUUCUUCUAUGAGGGAUCGCUCCACAAUGGCGUUGUCGCCGCUGAUCGUACGAUGAAGGGCCUGAACUUUCCAUGGCCAGUCCCCGACCACCCGAUGUUCUUCUACGUUAUGUCGGGCCAAGAAGAGAUCGCAGGCUCUGGUACAUCUUACCUCAACAGAACUGAGGCUUCAAUUGCUGAGAAAAUCGUCACGAAAUUCAUACAAGGUGGCAUAGAGCCUGAUCAGAUCGGCGUGGUCACUCCCUACGAGGGACAACGAGCCUAUCUGUGCCAGUACAUGAAGCAGCAAGGAACCCUGAACGAAAAGCUGUACCAGCGAGUGGAGGUGGCCAGCGUUGACGCGUUCCAGGGGCGCGAGAAAGACUUCAUCAUUAUGUCGUGCGUGCGCUCGAAUGACCAUCAAGGCAUCGGCUUCCUGGCCGAUCCCAGGAGACUCAACGUGGCUCUCACGCGCGCCAAAUAUGGACUAAUAAUCAUCGGAAACCCUAAAUUGCUUUCUAAGCAACCGUUGUGGAACAACCUGCUCUAUCAUUUCAAAGACAAGCACCUGCUCGUUGAAGGAGCCUUGUCUAACUUGCAGGAGUCAUUGAUGAUGUUCAGCAAGCCCAAGCGCAUGGUGAACUUGGCCAACCCUGGGAGUCAUUUCAUGAGUCGAGUGACGUACGAUGCUAGGGAAGUGAUAGUGCCUGGCUCUGCUUUCGAGAAGUCGUCACGUCUCAUGCGUAACGCUGCAGGACCUGCUGUCAAUGGCACCAUGAACGGCAACAUGGCGAUGACCCAGCAACGGCAGCACGGAGCCCCACCUCCACCCCAGCACUUCUAUACUGGCGCGCACAUGAACGCGUACAACAAAGGCAACCUAAUCCAUGACCCCGUGGAUUAUAUUCCCAACGAAGCAUCCCAGGCUAACUUGAGUGGCUUCCCCAUGCCUGUGAACAUGUUCAUGAAUAUGAACCACAUGCCGCUGCCUAGAAUGUACCAGCAGCAACAACAGAUGGGCAACUCUGGACGUACGAACGGACGGUUGGGAGAGUCAGGACGUGCGGGCGGAGGCAGUAAGAGUCAGUCGAGCUACGCAGGCGGCCUGUCGCAGGAACAACUCACGGCCGCCUCACAGGGGCUCUCCCAGGGCUUCACCCAAGGCUUGUCUCAGGGUGGCAUGUUGGGCCUCGGCAGCGGUUUGUCCCAAGGCAUUGGAUCUCAGGACUAUGCUGGAGCCAUGGACGGCUUCGGACCUGUGGGCAUGAUGCUCUCUCAGGAUGAUCCUGGGGCACGUGGACAAUCCCAGCGCUACAAUUCUUCCUCCUCAUCCCAUCAGCCAUACUGAAACGCACUGGUGGCCAUCAUCGAGCUGCUCUGCUCUUGUGGAUGAGCCUGUGGUGGCUAUGAAACGGCGCCACACCCCGCCGUAUGCCACGCCAAUUGCCGCCACGAUCAUCACCACAACACCCAUCGUAUCUGCUACUCUACAGCCUGUGCUCAUCUACUUAAAUGCUCGUGUCAUUCUUUGGUCAACUCUUGUCUACGAAGUCUUGUGGCAGUUGGCAGUCUAGCUGGUCGCACAUGAGAGAACGAUUUACAUUUAGUACGUCGUGUUGAAUUGUCCGACACAACGCCAUGUUCGAAUGUCCGGCCACACUUGCGAAUGUCCGGCCAUUGCGAGCUCGACUCGCCUAAGAGCGAAAUGAAGGCAUUCGAAUGUUUUCCUCAUGUGCAAGUGAACCAUUAACUUGGUGAACAUGAACAUUUAUCCGAAGAUAUCUAAAGAAUUCUUGCCUUGAUUCGAUUACUGAAACUGUAUUGAACUGGUCUUCACGUUCUUGUUUGGAAAUUUUGCCGGUGUCGCAGUUGAGUUUCAUCGAUGACGAGACCCAUAGUAAAGAAGACGUGAGCAUUUUUGUUGGGCGGUGGACAAGCUGUGGUGUAGCAGCUCACAGAUACAUUGUACCACUUCAGCUACGACCCCAGGAGCGCUAAAUAUGGCUUAAAUAUUGCAGUUAUUUAUGAAAUGAGCUACUCUGCUCAGGACUUAGGAACAAAGCGAAGGGCCUCAACCAAGUAGAUUAACCAUCAGGAUUCCUCCAUCUUGGCUUGAACACUGACUUUAGAGAAGAAAUUAAGGAAGGCGAUUAGGGUCCUUCAAAAAUGAAUGGAAGUGUGUGGCGCGGGAAUAUUUUUUUCAUUUAAUUGAGAUUUUCACUUGUGUUUCAGGCACAUUUAGUGUCGACUUCAUUUUCAUGAUAAUUUGGAAGCAUUGAUUCUAGGAGUCGAAAGCCUUCAACAAAUUUGUUACUCGAAAAUUUAUGUUUUUCUGACUAAACUUAUGUUAUGCGAGGACUUCUUCUGUUUUUGAAAGGAUUGCGAUGUAAAGCAUCAUGGUUUGUUUUUUCCUCUUUUUACAUCCAUUUACAUGGUUAAUGAGGAUCGAAUUAAGAGCUUUUAGCGGAUUUCUUAUUUUUAGGUUGUUGCUGUUUAACGACAAGAUAAACAAAUUUCCCUCUCUUUUUUACCGGGCGGAAAUCGCAGAAUUUUAAUUUUUCUUUUUUUUGGUAUUAAAAAGAAGAAUGAUCUUCUAUGUGUUAAUCUAUAACGCUCGUUAUAGUGCGUUUUAAUUGGCUCCGAUAUCGUCUCAAUUUUUACAACUUAGCCAAUGGCUCUGAUUCUAUUCUUAAUUUCUUGAUUUUCUCAUUCUUGUUUUAAUUUCUUGUCAUCGUCAAGCUUUGUAGAGCGCUGGGUAAACUUUUAAUUUUAUGAAGUUUCUACCAGCUAGCGCUCAACUUCGCGAGCUGGAAUUUUAAUGGAGAAUUCGCUGCAUUUCCUCAUUAUUUGGAAGCGUACUUAGUAGAUGUUGAGCUCCUGAAGGAUCCUUGGAACGGAAACGCUUCUAGUCCUGAAGCCUGAGACUAGGUGACUCGUGACAUCGUUUCUGUAAGUCACGCAUCAUGACAUGCUCCUAACUGCGGCCUGAGUGCGCCCUGGAGGUUUUGAGACUGAGAAUCUUUUUUUCGGUUAUAACUAUCUAAUUAAAUUAAGUUAGCAUUAUUUUCAUUAGCAGCGAUCGAAUUCUUCAUGUGCGAUUUCUAAGUUAAAUAUACAGUGCAACUGA